UGAUCAUGAACCACUUCAAAAUUUUCAUAAAAAACAAAUUAAUAAUAAACGUAUUAUAAAUUGGAUUUUUAAAUUACAAGAUAUUUUACCAGAAAUAAUUGCCGUCAAAUAUCGUAAUGGUUCUAAUAACACAGCUGCUGAUUACAUUUCGCGACACUUUCCGUCUUCAAAUGUGAUCAGUAAUUCUACAAUUCUCGCUGAACAAACCGAUGACUGGUCUGUUGGUACUGAACAAUGGUUCGAAGACUUGCCAAAACCUCAACGAUUAAGAUUCGCUACAUCAUUCAUCAACACAACCAAUUCAACAAUUAAUGCUUUUACUACACCACAAUCUUCAGCUCCAUCUCCAACAUCAGAGUAUCUACAUUUUGAUUUCAGUCUAUCACGUAUACGUUUUGAACAAGAACAAGACCCGGUGAUUCAACAAAUAAUUCAGAACCUUUAUAAUAAAUCAGAUAAGCGAAACUUUACUCUAAAAAACAAUGUUCUUUAUAAAUUAGUUUCUCAUGGACUAACCAAUAUCAAAGUAAUUUAUGUCCCGUCAAAACUUAUCCCUGAAAUACUUCAAUCACAUCACGAUCAUCCUUUAAGUGGACAUUUUGGCGUUGAACGUACAUGGUUUCUGUUAAAAAAUAAGUACAAUUGGCCACAUAUGAGAACAAUGAUUACAUCUUAUAUAAAAUCCUGUGAAAAAUGUUCGAAAUACAGCGUUGAUCGUCAUAAACCCUCUGGAUUUUUACAACCAAUUGAACCACCGGCCGACGUUUUUCAAAUACUGGGUAUGGAUUGGUGGGGACCUGCUCAAACUUCGAUUAAUGGAAAUCGAUACAUAUUGGUUAUAACAGAUCGAUUAUCAAGUUACGUUUUUGCUACAGCAUCACCAACAAAUACUGCCCAAGAUACGGCCCGUAUUCUACUUGAAGAAGUAAUACUAGUUCAUGGAUCUCCUGAUAUCGUUAUUACGGACCAAGUAACGCAUUUCAGCAAUGAAUUACUACAAUAUAUUACUAAUUUAAUCGGUUGCAAACAUAUUUUUCCAACACCAUACUAUCCACAAACCAACAGACAAACUGAACGAUGGAAUUCAACAUUUGUCACACAACUCGCUAAAUUUUGUAAUGAUGAUCACAAUAAUUGGGAUACUUAUUUACCAUCUAUUGUUUAUGCUUACAAUAAUGGUGUUCAUCACUCUAGUGGGUUUACUCCUUAG